AUGCAUCGAUUGUUGGCGGUCUUGUGGUCUGGUUACGCCUCCGCCUUUCUGCCUUGCCCCUAUCCAGCCACCUGCAUUGCAUAUGAAUACUCAAGUUUUCAGAAGAGCAUCUCACAAAGAGUUAUUUCACAGGAGAAAAAGAUAAUGAACGACCCUCCCAUUAUUGCAGCACUGAAGCAGUGUCCGCAGGCUCAGCGCAGCACCAUCACAAGAGCAUAUUUUGCGCAGAAAGCACAGGCAUGCGGUGAGGUGAAUUUGCCUCCCGUGGUCGACCAGAAUCGUGCAUUCGGCCUCGCUGCGCGUGUCAUGGCCAUGGUCAACUCUUCGGCCGAGAGCCAGACUGAUGGGCUGCUAGAAUCUGGAAUGCUGCCUCUGACUUGGCAAGACGACACCUCCUUUUCUGAUUUUUUGGACAUGGCAUUUCCUUCGCAGAGCGACAUGAACGCUGCGCAGAAUGAUCUGCUGCAGCAGUUGAUGUCAGAACCAAGCAACAAAUGGCACAAUCUCACCGCAAGGCGUCUGAAAAAGAUAGCUGGACUAGAUCUGGUGGCUACCGACAACCUACAAAAUCAUCUGCGACUGGAUUGGAAGUGCAAGACAGUGGAGAUAUACCACUACACGAGCGUUCUGAAAGAGAAUCUCCUGUCUAGCGUCGAUUGCGAUGACCAUGAUAAUACUACUCGUGGGAUAUCAGAAGGAAACAUGCCGCGCGAAUUGGCGCUUGAGACUCUCGUUACGUUGAAGGAGAUUCUCUUUCCUCUGGAUUCUGAUUCACAAGCUCUGCUUCGCACCUUGGUCUGCAAAGAAUCAUUCGAUCCAGAUUGCCUUCGAGUCGACACGCGGCCAUAUCGACGACCCGAUGAGAAGAGCCUCUGCUAUCGAUACUGGGGCAAUCGGCUGUCCGAUCUGCAGGAGCAUAUGGAGGCUCCGACAGCAAAGGGCUUUGUUGAGAAGUGGAUGGAAAGACGGAGCGGUGCGCGAUACGUCAUGAUGGCGACCAUGGGCGGAGUGGUAAUUGCGGUCAUACUGGGGGCUCUGAGUCUUGCAGUAAGCAUCUUUCAAGCAUGGGUUGGAUAUCAACAGUGGAAGCAUCCGGUGAAUCCUAGCUAG